UUCUUGUCACAGUUUUCCAGACAUGGUUUCUGAAGUCUUUGGUAUUUUCUCGAAUAACAACGGCGCAGCAUCUGAAACCGCAGAUGUAGAGAAACAUGGCGGCCAGGACAUUCAACAAGGGCCGUUGGGUUUCGCGGCUCUUUCGUCGUUGAUGGCCUCGGAUGGAGACCAGGAGCUCCUCAUCUUUCGAAGAUUCGACGAUAUCAGCGCUCGAAAUCUUCUUUACCUACAGUGCGAGCUGUUAUCAAUAGAAGAUCGAUUGAAGAAAUGGGACCGGAAUGUUCUGAGGAGUCGGAACACCAAACUUGAAGAAGUUGCGUACAGAUGGGAGGAGAUGGUAAAGCAAGCUAAGGAGGGAAAAGAUGAAGCAAAGGAAAUGAUGGAACUAGUUUACCAGCUAAGGUCAAAGAUCAAGGAAUAUCACGAGGCACUGGAACUUCAAAGUAGAGUGGCCAGACUUCAUCCUCCGGACAAAAGAGCUCUCAAAGUGGCCCGCAAUGAGCUUUGGGGAGGACCUCUGGAAACCGACGGCCUCAAACCAUCGCCAAUAGUGGGCGGAAAGGCAAAGGAUUAUUUGGACAGAGAAAGCGACCUUGUUUCCGUGAAGGCACCUGUGGAGACGGAUUUGUUAUCGAAAACGCUGAGAGCUGUCUGGCCAGGCAAGGAGGAGACCUCGAGAGACGGUCUAAGUCGUAUCAGCCGGUUCGACGAGCGGUCAGUCGCGAUUACGGUGGCUACGAUCAACAUUAUUUUCGCCAUCAUCUUGCUGGUAGGGCCGAUCACGAGUCUGUCGUACGUUAGCUCUCGAGCAGCGGUGUUGGGCAUGAUAUGCGCUUUCACGGCUCUUUUCGCAAUCAGCUUGGGACUCAUGACAAAGGCGAAAAGGGCGGAGAUCUUUGCUGGGAGUGCAGCAUAUACUGCUGUUUUGAUGGUUUAUGUGAGUAAUGGGGACUUUUCAAGUGGUAAAUGAUGGCGGCUAUCAUUGAAGCAUCAUAUUUAUAACCUUAAGUAUUUUCGUGGCAUUCUGUCACUCCACAAAACCCUUGGAAUUAGCAAGCGACAAUAGUCAAGAUAUAUCAUGGGUACAUCGUUACUGUACAAAUUUUAAAAGAGGCAGUGAAAC